AUGGCGGUGCAACAUGGCGGGCUCCAUGGACGCUAUGUGAACAGAGAAGAGGAAAACGAGCCUCCAGAUGGACACGGUGGCGGCGGCGGCGCCUUCUUCGCUCUGCGGAGCUGCCACCGGCUGCUGCAUGGCGAUGACAGCGGCGAGUUCUUCUCCCCGGACUACCUGUGCUCCAACCCGUCUCUGUGGUGCAACUGGACCGUCCAGGUGGAUCCCGGCAAGAGGAUCCACCUCCACCUGGAGGACUUGACCCCCGAUGACGCCUGCCACCUCAAACAGGACGAGAUCCACGUGGACGACCCCGCCGCCCGCUCCGGGGGUCACAAGGUCCUGCAGAAGUGCUGGCGCGAGGCCAAGUACACUUCCUCCUCCGACACUCUGCAGGUGGUGCUGCUGAUUGGCGGCUGGCCCCACCUGCCCUACAGGGGCUUCUACGGCCGCUACCAUGCGUUUGGACCGCCGGUGAUGUACAACCCUCAGGACGUCUCCGAGUCAGAACCAGGUCUCGCACCAGAACUGGACGGAGAACAGAUGGAGUCCGAUUCAUCAGAGCAUCCACCAACAGCACAUUCUGAUGUGUUUGAUUAUUAUGAUUCAGCCAUGACUGCUGAGCUGCCCUGGGGCCCCGAGGGGCCCGAGGAGGCGGCGGACACAGACGCUGAGUUUGGUGAGAACCUCCAUCCAGCCUCGGGGAACUACAGUCAUGUAAACCCGUCCUUGACCGAACCCACAGUGCCAUCAUCCACCCAGGGGACCUCCCGAUGGGGAAGAGGUGUCUCUCACACCCCUUCAGGUCUCUCGGACUCAGACGUCCACCCUGAGUCUCCACAGCAGCAGCUACAGGAAGACGACCAUCAAAACCAUGAGCUCAAACCCACUGAUCGCUCUGAUCGAUCCGGAGCAGCCGUACGACGGAACGUGGAGGAAGCGUCCGUCCGUCCAGAGGAUGAGAGAGAUGAACAGAACCGGUCCGAGGAGGUAAAACCUGCCGCUGGUUCAGACGGGGAGAACAGGACAGAGGUCGGUGAGGCCUCAGACCAGCGACCCUCCUCCUCUGAAGGCCCAGAACCAGGGGAGACCGAACAGACUCAUCCUCACCCCAACAUGGUGGAGCCGCUGUCGGACCACAGAGGGAACCUCAAUGUUAAGAAUCACUCUGAAAUCCCACAUCUCCCUGGAGAUCACCUGUUUGAGGCGGCUGUUGAGGUGAACUUCAGUCAGGAUUUCGAGGAGCCCUGGGACAACCUGGCCAGGUCACUGCUGCUGUCAGUCAAGGCUUCGAUCAGCGAGCAGCUGGAGGCUCUGCACACACCACUGUCCAUGUCGUCUAAAAGAAUAAAGAGGCUGAAUGCAGGAGUGCUGUACAUCCUGUGGCUGCAGAUCGGACAGGGGCUCGGGAGUCAGCAGGUGCACAGGGCCGUCCACGCCGCCAUGCAGGGCCUCAUCGCCACGUCUGUGGGCCUCAGAGGAACCCACAGGAAGGCCGUCAUCGUCUCCGUGUCGACCGCAGAUGUAAACGAGUGUGGGACCCAGCUGGUGCUGUGUGAUGUGAACGCAGACUGUGUGAACCAGUUCGGCUCGUACUCGUGUCGCUGCAGGCCGGGCUUCCUGGACCAGUCCCGUCUGGGAUCAGGAGGAACCGUGUGUAUGGACGUGGCGGCCGCAGGUUGCGGCUCAGGCCUGUCGGCUGAGACUAAAGGCAUCUACGUGCUUUUCUUCCUGCUCAGCUCCUUCAUCCUGAUGCUGCUGGCGGCGGCCGGCGCGCUGUACCGCCGCCACCACCGGGGGAUGUUCCUGGUCCGUUGCCACAGCAGCAGCAGCGUCUCUCCUCCUGACCCCAACAACAACCAGCACCAUCAUCACGACGGCUACUCCAGCCCCCAUGACGCCGACCUGCCCCCACCACCCCCGCCCGCCCGGGGCCCCAGAGAGGGCUGGCCCCAGGUGAAGGAGCGCUGCCCGGCCAUGGACCUGCCGCUGCUUCGCUUCAGCCCUCUGCUGCCGCCGGACGGCUACCUGGAGCCACGGGAGGGAGGGAAGAUGUGAACAUAUCUUAACUCCAUUCAUUAAAAUCUCUUUUCAUUUAGUUUUCCUUGACUUUGUGUCUGAAUGUCCGAUUCUCUUCACUGUAAACUGAAGAAUUAA